UUAAUGACCCACUCCAUCUCCUGUUGUUUUUUUUCUUCUUUUUUCUUCUCCUUCUCCUUCUCCUUCUCCUCUCGUCCUUUAACCCAACAAACAACAAAUUCAAUCCAAAUCCAAACUUAUUCAGAUCAAUUCACUCAAUCAUUGAUUGCAUAAAACAUGAUGGAAGUAUAAAUUAGCUGAGUUCAUAUCUGGAUAUGAAAAUUAAUACUAUUUGCUGGAUUUCUAAGAUUAAAUUCAUCUUUCGCCGACGCCAAGGCGAAGGUUGAUUGUUAAUUUAUAAUUAUUUCUUCAUCUUCCUUUUUUUAAAAAUUUAUUUUUAGCUUUAGAUCUUCAUUUAGCAGCUGCAAGUACAUAUAUUUUGUUUGUUUGGAAAUUUGAGAUCAUGUCAGUGGUUGACUUGAUACCGGGAAAUUCAGUGGGAAGGGGAAAAUUAGAAAUAGGAAAUGGCGAGUUAAGUUCGGAAGAAGAUCUGACAACGAGAUCAGACGGUUCAACGGAAAGCUCAUCCAUCGGACAACCUGAUGACGAUGAUGUUACCGAUGAUGAUGAUGAAGAUGAAGUGCAGAGCACUCUGUCGUCUCUAGCCUCUCUUGAAGACUCUCUCCCCAUCAAGAGGGGAUUAUCAAAAUACUAUGGAGGAAAAUCGAAGUCGUACGGGAACCUGGGUGAAGUGAGUAACGUGAAUGAAAUAGGGAAAUCAGAGAACCCGUUUAACAAGAGGAGAAGGAGUUUAAUGGCUUAUAAUCUCAUGUUUAAGAGUGGUAGUAAACAGGAGAAAUUGAUGAUGAAUAAGAAGAAGAAAUCUGGAGGCUUAUUCUAUUCUCAUUCUAAUCACAUCUCUAUGCCCCUUUUACCCCUUGCCGAACAAGAUGACGAUGACAAUGACGACGAUAACGACGGUGUGGUUGAUGAUUCCUCCGAUGCCGAUGAUUACUAUACUACUACUACUGCUAGUAAUGUUAGUGUUGCUAAUGUUGUUUCCGAUGUUAAGGAUUGGCAUAGAUGAUAGAUGUAAUACCAAUUUCAUAUAUACCAUUCCUCCACUAUCAUGUU